GGAAUUCCCUCCUUUUGAAAAGUUACUCUAACUCUAAAUAUUGUACAAUAUUUACAGUACUAUUAAACGUGAAGUACAAUAGCGAUGAUAUUGUUGUGUAAAUAUUGUGUACUAUUUAUGUGAUAAACAGUCAUACGAUUGACGAUUGCAUUGAAAGCUAUGUUUACGGAAACACAACUCAAUACGCGUUGACAUUAUUGACAAUUAUCACCACAUUUGAUGACAUAUGGCUCAAGAAGUCAAUCCAAAUGAUCAUCAAAUGGUCGAUAAUAUGACCAAUGAAUGCAUGCAAUAUAUGAACAUUUCAUUAUCAACUGAUAGCAACAGUGCCAUCGACUCUCAAGUGAUGUCUUCAUUGUCUGCAAUGAUGUCAUCCAUUAAGGAAGAGACACCUGAUUUUGCUGUCGUUAAGGACACACUCGAUGGUCAUAAUAAUGAUACUAAUACUGACAACAUUGCUAUGAAUAAAGAUAGUGAAGACAACACUCAUAUUAAUGGUAAUUAUGAAGAAGAAAAAGAAGAUGCAAUCGAUAAUUGCAAUAAUGAUAAUUCAAAUGUUAUUAAUAUCAAUGAAAUGGUUGAAAAUACCAAUGAAGUUGUGUCUAUUCAGACGGACAUCAAAGAUACCACUGAAGCCACAGUAGAGGCCAUUAGUCUACAAAAUGAUGAGCUCUUGAAUGAAAUAAAAAUUGUCAAAAGUUUAGUUAAUUUGUUAGAAAAUUAUAGAAAUUUAUUGAAUUGUUGUCUUAAUAGUUGUGACAAUUGUUCCCAAAACCAAGAGAUUAGUGUUAAGUUUACUAAUUUGGAAACUAAUUACUCAAAAGACUUGAUUUUUGCCAAAGAGUUGAUUAUUAAUUCUUCUUUUCACGAGAAGACCAAAAGAUUGUUUGCUAACAGAAGAAGGAAUAAAAAAUAUAAGAAAACAACAGAAACUAAAUUAAUUGAUGAAUAUAUUAGUAAUGACGACAAUAAUGAUGUUGUAAUUGAAACAUUAGACUCUGAUUGUGACCCAAUUAGUGAUGUUGUAGAUGGAGAUAAUGGAGUUUUACGACGAAAUCGAAAAGUAGUUAAAAAAGUGACAAAAAGAGGACCGAAAAAGAAAAAGAGAGGCAGAGGAAGACCACCGAAGUCUAGUUAUACUCAGCAACAGUCGUUUAAUUCAUUUAGUGGUAAUCUUAUUGAAGAGAUCGACGAAAUAAUAGAUAAUUUUGAUGAAAUAGAUGAAGUAGUAGAAGAAACAAAUGAUAAUACUUAUAAUCCGAAGAAAACUAAUACGAAGCCCACAAAAACACCACAGAAAAGGGGUCCCAAAAAAGGAUUUAAAAGAGGCGUUACUAAAGCAAUUAAACCGAAACGCAAUAAAUAUGAAAAGCUUUAUAAGUGUGAUGUCUGUGAUUAUACUCAUCGAAAGUUACCUAAUUUGGAGUCACAUAAAAAUAAAGUGCAUUUAAAUAUCAGGCCCUUUAAGUGCGAUAAAUGUGACAAAAGUUUUACCGGUAAACCAUUUCUUGAUAAACACCGGCGCUUUCAUCAAGAAAAUUAUCACUAUUGCGAUUGGACUGACUGUACGUUUAAAACAAAAUAUAUGAAUAAUUUGAAAGAACACCGAAUGAGACACGAAAAGGACAGACAGUUUCGGUGUGCGUGGCCGGGAUGUGGGGCUCUCUUCUAUAAUAAUAGAGAUCUUACACAACAUAUGAAAUCACAUGAAGAACAACGAGAUUAUCGUUGUGAUUGGCCCGGAUGUGAGGCCACAUUUAAGCGACACACAUACCUGAGCCGACAUAAACAGCUUCAUAUUAACCCGGAUACAGCAUUUCCAUGUAAUUGGCCGGGAUGUGAGAAAAGUUUUAAUACACGCAAAAAACUAGAAAAUCAUUCGGCAACACAUACUAAACAAUUACAGGCAAACACACAAACAUUUCCCGAAGGAGCUCCCAGUGUCACACAGUGUGUGUUACCGAUUGCCACUCCAACUACAAGCUCUCAAAUGUUAAGCCCUCGAAAACCUCAAAUAAAUGCAACGAGUGUUCAAUUAUUAGCCGCUAGAAGUAUAGCUCAGGCGGCAGUUAUGAAUGUUAAUAAUGGUCUUCAAUCAAAUCAAUCACAUGAAUCAAUGGUGCCAACAACAGCUAAUUCAAACAUUUUACAUCAACAUCAUCACAACCAUCACCAAUCACAUCAGUCACAUCAUAACCAAAUGUCACCUCAACAACAACAGCAUCAACAACACCACCAGCAACAGCAGCAACAACAUCAUCAACAACAACAACAACAACAUCAUCAUCAAAUGCAUCACCAACAGCAUCAUCAUCAACUACAACAGCAACACAUACUACGAGCCGGACCACCCACACCAUCCAUCUCUCCAUUAACACAAUAUCCAACUGAUUUGUCACAACAAAGACCUCUUCCUCACUCAGCAACAACAGCACAGUUAUCAUCCAAUCCAUGGCUUCUCAAUAGUUUUAUUAAUAGACAAAAUAUUUGAUACAAAUAGUUGGCUCAAUUUAUUCGUCACUCACUGUUUAACUCACAUAUCUUUUCAAAGUCAACACUAGUUAUUAAAUUUUUAAAAUAUAAUAAAAUUAAAACUUAUUUCAAUUGACUUUAUAUACAGAUCACGAAAAUUAUUGUUACGGUAAUGUUAACA